CGAGAUGUGAGGGACUCAGGUGUAAGAGCGCUCCUCAUCCGCGCAUAGCGCAGCCAAACGCAGACAGACGCGCUACAGGCAUCUCCGCUUUACCAGCGACUGCAUGUGAAUGACCGCUUGAAGAGGAACCGGAUCCUUGUAUAUUUGUUUUGUAUUUUCCAAGCUUUUUGAGCACUUUAUCCGAAGCGGAUCACUCGCAAAGAUGAUGUCCAUGAACAGCAAACAGCCUCAUUUCGCCAUGCAUCCCACCUUACCUGAGCACAAGUACACAAGUCUUCACCACUCGAGCUCGGAGGCGAUCAGGAGAGCCUGUCUACAAACUCCACAGCUGCAGAGCAACAUCUUCGCCAGCUUAGACGAAACGCUCCUGGCCCGCGCCGAGGCUUUGGCGGCAGUGGACAUCGCCGUGUCCCAGGGUAAGAGUCACCCGUUCAAGCCCGACGCCACGUACCACACGAUGAACACCGUGCCAUGCUCGUCUACGUCCACCGUGCCACUCGCCCACCACCAUCAUCACCAUCAUCACCACCACCACCAAAACCUCGAGCCGCCCGACCUCAUGGAGCACAUCAGCUCGCCGUCGUUGGCCCUGAUGCCCAGCGCGCACGAAGGGGCCGGUGGAGGCGGCGGAGGAGGUGGCGGAGGUGGUCUGAUCUCCACCUCGGCCCAUCCGCACCCGCACUCGCACAUGCACGGCUUGACCCACCUGUCCCACCAGGCUGCUAUGAACAUGAACUCGCCACUCACCCACCACGGGCUCUUGCCGGGCCACCACGGCGGUGCGCAUCAGGGCGCGCCGGGACUCGCAAACAAUGUAAUGUCCUCUAUUAACGACUCGGACACGGACCCGAGGGAGCUGGAGGCGUUCGCGGAGCGUUUCAAACAGAGGAGAAUCAAACUCGGGGUGACUCAGGCGGAUGUGGGGGGCGCGCUGGCGAACCUCAAGAUCCCGGGCGUGGGCUCACUGAGCCAAAGUACCAUUUGUCGGUUCGAGUCUCUAACUCUGUCUCACAACAACAUGAUCGCGCUGAAGCCUAUCCUUCAGGCGUGGUUGGAGGAGGCCGAGGGCGCGCAGCGUGAAAAAAUGAGCAAGCCCGACAUUUUCAACGGGAGCGAGAAGAAGCGCAAGCGGACGUCCAUAGCGGCUCCGGAGAAAAGAUCUCUGGAGGCUUAUUUUGCUGUUCAGCCUCGACCGUCGUCGGAGAAAAUCGCGGCUAUUGCUGAGAAAUUGGACCUCAAAAAGAACGUGGUGCGAGUAUGGUUUUGCAACCAAAGACAAAAGCAAAAGAGGUUGAAAUUUUCUGCAGCUCACUGAUGGACUAUACUUCUCGAACAAAAAAUUAAUUGUUGGACUGACUUUUGGGGACCAAGGAACAUCGCUUUGGCUCUGCUGGUUUUCAAAUCCGCGUGCUCAUGACAAAUAUGAUUAUUACUGUUUUAUUCAUGUGAUCUCCUGUUUCUUUUCACUGUACCGGUGAAUGUAAAGUAUGCAAAUAACAGGUAAUCCAGAUGAACUGCAUUUCAGUUGUUGCGAGGCUUUUUAUCGUCACGAUAAAAAUUCAAACAUCAUUGUGAAAUUAGGUAAACCGAGCUUUAUUUUAGCGAGAUAUGUUUUUUAUUACCCAAUGACAUUUAUUCCAAAUGAUGAAAAAUAGCCAUUUAUGGAUUACCUCAUAUCGUUUCAUUCUAUUCUAAUUUAUUUCUUAUUUAUGAAGUUAUUUAUUUUCAGCACAUUUGUGUAUUUAUUCGUUCGUCAUAGGGAACUGCUCUAUUUUUGAUUAUUAAAUGUGUUUAUCACAACCUUACUGAUUAACUAAUGUUAUCAUUCAGUGUUUGAAAGGUUUCAUACAGAACUUAAAAAGGAGAAAGGAUACGAAAGUCUCUUUUAAUUAAUGAGUGCGAAAUAAAGGUGGCAACCACCGCUCGUAUUUGUUGAAGUUGCACUGAAAUUUACUGUUAUUUAGGUUGGUUAGAUAUAUUCAAAUGCUUUUGUAUAUAUAUAAAUAUAUAGAUACAAAUGACACUUGCUCACCGUGCAAAACUCAAUUUUCCUAAAAAUUUGUAUUCGUUUUAUUUUAUUUUUGUUGCAAAUCAGAAUUCUUCCUCUGCCGAUGGUGGCGGAUAUUAGUUAAAUCGCAUGAUUAAAAUGAGUAUACUUGCAAAGAUAAAUAAUUGUCCUACAAUAUAAUUUCGUUGGUUUGUAUACUUUGGUUUGCAGUGCAAACAUUCUAUGCAUUGAGAGAAAAAUACCAAGCACUACAUAGAGUAUCUACUGGUAGACCUUUGUGGGUGGUGUGUAAGUCACUGUUUAAUUCCUGUGUUCACAUAAAAUCACAACGUUGUUUGUCGUGGUAAUUGUCCGGGAAAAAAAGAAGCUGUGUAAGUAAUGAUUUUAUUUUGUGCACAAGUAUGUUUACAAACAGCGGCCACGUGCGCAUCACGAGACGCCUCACUCUUGUCGUACCUGUGCACCUGUCCCACAUUCUGCUGUCUUACCGUCUGAACAUCCAAACUUUUAUUUUUUAUUCUGUAAGCCAAAUCCAGCUGCAGGGACACACGUCCCGGCAAUCUUCUAAAUAAACUAUGGAAAAUUAAAGUCAAGGCUGUCAUUGGGGUGUAUUGGAUAUCUACAGCACAGACAGAGAGGUGGACCACGGUUAUUGGCAGGCCUACUGUCACACGUUUAGCUGUAUUAUAAGACGGUUGUUAUUUAGAUACACAUUAAGAAUAAAUGCAUUCCUGUUUAUAAUGGUUAAUGUAAGUGAAACCCAGCAUUUUCACCAUAUUUCACAUUUUCAUAGCUCUCUAAAUAUAUUCGUUUUCAAAUGGUAUUAAGUGCACAAUAAAAUUCGCA